GACGUGAGGUACCUCAACGUGAGUCUGGCAAGAGCAAGAUAUAACUUGGUGCUGUCUACUGCAGCAGUCGAGAAAUGAUUAGUACACCACCAUGAGCGAAACGAAGAAACUAUCUGUUCCCCCAUGGCAGCAGCAGCAGCAGCAGCAGCCUGCCGGUGACGCCUCCGAGGACACCACCACCACCACCUCUUCCUCCCCCCCCGAGACACCAGAAGCCACAUCACGAACAGCACUCCUUGAACAGGCAGGCAAGUUCUUAGAGGACGAUUCGAUACGAGAGGCGCCCAGAGAGCGAAAGGUGGCGUUUCUGGAGUCCAAAGGGCUGAGUCUGCAGGAGAUUGAGACGUUGCUGGCUGGUGCCGUCCAACCAGAGCCGGGGACAAGCACGAGCACGAGCGCGAGCAUGCCUAAAGAAGAAGCUGCAGAGACGCAACCACCACCGAACAAGGAGACGGCCAAGGAAACGGCUCAAUUGCGUGCCCCUCGCGAUGUCCCGCCUAUCAUAACGUACCCUGAAUUUUUCUUCGAACCUGCGCGGCCCCCGCCGCUUGUCACCCUUCGAAGCUUGCUGUACUCGCUGUAUGGCGCCGCGGGCCUGGGUGCGGUCGUCUACGGGGCGAGCGAGUACCUGGUGAAGCCGAUGCUAGCAGAUCUCGGCACAGCACGACAUGAGCUGGCACAGACUGCGUCAGAGAACCUGACCAAGUUGAACGAGAAGCUGGAGCAGAACGUCUCGCGGAUCCCCGCACAGCUCCUCGCCGCCAAGACCAAACACGGCGACAACAAAUAUGACGAUGAAGCCGGGGAUGGAGAAUCAGUCACCUCAGACCCGACGGAGCUCUUCCACCGCGAUGUCGCGACGCAGACAACCCCGGACCUUGUCCAUCCGCUCGCCACCGCCCUCCCCAUCUCCGCCCCCGCCCCCCCGACUGACGACAAACCCAUCGAUACCCAGCAUGACCCCGUCGCCGCCGUGACGGAGCAUAUCAAACGGCUGGACGUGCUCGCCUCGCACUUGCGCGAGAUCGUCGACACGGAAACCACCACCCGCUCGGCAGAGGACUCCUUCGCCACCCGCGCCACCGAGCUGCGCCAUUACCUCGACACCUUGAUCUACAGCGCCCCCACGUACACCAUGACUGCCACCGGCUUGUCGACAGCUACCUCCACGGGCUACGGCGCGUAUAGCUCCCCGGGCGUUGACGGAGCGCCCGCCAUGCCCGGUAUAGCCAAGGGCGAGGAGGACGCCAUUGCCGGCUUCAGAGCGGAGAUCCGCGGCGUCAAGGGGGCGUUGCUAAGUUCGCGCAACUUUCCCUCAGGCCGCGGUGCAAGGGUUUACGGCGGUGUUGCUAGGUGAUUGUUCUCCCAUGACAUGUAAAUAAUCCGGGAUACCAGGCGACAAUGAUAUAUUAUUACCUAUGAGCUACCCUAGUUUGUUUCAAUACACUACGACUGUUGUUUUUUUUUUUUUUUUUUUUUUUCUUUUU